ACCAGGCGGCGCAGAGUGGCCUCUAUUCAAUAGAGUCAAGAAACAAGUAUGGCGGCGUCCAGUGUUUUCAAACCGGGGUUGUUCAAACACAAAGUUGCAGUAGUGACGGGUGGCGGGACCGGCAUCGGGAAAGCCAUCUCCGCGGAGCUGCUGGAGCUGGGUUGCAAUGUGGUGAUCUCCAGUAGAAAUGCAGAGAGGUUGGAGGCAGCAGCUCAGCAGAUGAGACAAAAAAUCCCUUCCUCCAGCCCUGCAUGUGUCACUCCUAUAAAGUGUAACAUCCGAAACCAGGAUGAGGUGAAGACCCUUGUGUCGUCAGUGUUGAAGCAGUACGGUAAGAUAGACUUCUUGGUGAACAAUGGAGGAGGACAGUUCACCAGCCCAGCAGAGCACAUGUCCUCUAAAGGCUGGAAAGCUGUGAUAGACACCAACCUGACUGGAACCUUCCACUGCUGCCAGGAAGUCUACACUUCGUGGAUGAAACAGCAUGGAGGUGUGAUCGUGAACAUCAUCGCUGACAUGUGGAAAGGCUUCCCAGGGAUGGCCCACACAGGAGCAGCGAGGGCAGCAGUGGACAACUUGACAAAGAGUCUGGCCAUCGAGUGGGCAGCCUCAGGAGUCCGAGUCAACUCUGUUGCACCUGGCACAAUCUUUUCCAAAACUGCAAUGGAGAACUACAAGGAGUUUGGGUCAAGUCUCUUUAAGAUGUCUGUUCCGUUUAGCCCUGCAAAGAGGCUGGGAGUACCAGAAGAGGUGUCAUCUGCAGUGUGCUUCCUGCUCUCUCCUGCUGCAUCGUACAUCUCUGGAGCCACUCUGAGGGUUGAUGCAGGACAGAGUCUGUACCAUUCGAUGUGGGAGAUACCGAACCACAGUGCGUGGCCUGAAGCUCCAGAAGGGGAGAACCUGAAUGCUCUGAAUGACCUGCUCAAGCCACAAAGCAAGCUCUAAUUCCUUUUUGUGGCCAGCUAGCAUUAUGGACAUAUACAGCUGUACAGGCAUCUCAAGUACUGUCAAAGCAACAUGACACCAUGAUGGUCUUAUGAUGAUGUGAUUUAUUAUGAAAAUCAUGUAAAUCAUUGUGUGUAAUUAAUAGAAACCCAAGUGUCAGAUUAGUUUCUUGCAUGAUGAGAUGUGGUAUAAUCUGCUAGAAUAUGUGUAAUUAUUUUUCCCAAUGAAUUUGUAAGCCUGUGAAUAAACAUAAAGUGUUCUUAAACACAA